CCAGCUCCCGGACCAGCUCUGCCAUCCUCCGCCAACUGCCCAUCCUCGGCCGCCAUGAGCCACCCGUCGGGCCUCCGGGCCGGCGUCAGUUCCACCUCAUACCGCCGCACCUUCGGGCCACCGCCCUCACUGUCCCCUGGGGCCUUCUCCUACUCGUCCAGCUCCCGCUUCUCGAGCAGCCGCCUGCUGGGCUCCGCAUCCCCCGGCUCCUCCGUGCGCUUGGGCAGCUUCCGCGGUCCCAGGGCGGGCGCGGGCACCCUCCUGCGCCUGCCCUCGGAGCGCCUCGACUUCUCCAUGGCCGAGGCCCUCAACCAGGAGUUCCUGGCCACGCGCAGCAACGAGAAGCAGGAGCUGCAGGAGCUCAACGACCGCUUCGCCAACUUCAUUGAGAAGGUGCGCUUCCUGGAGCAGCAGAACGCGGCCUUGCGCGGGGAGCUGACCCAGGUCCGGGGCCAGGAGCCGGCGCGCGCCGACCAGCUGUGCCAGCAGGAGCUGCGCGAGCUGCGCAGGGAGCUAGAGCUGCUGGGCCGCGAGCGCGACCGGGUGCAGGUGGAGCGCGACGGGCUGGCGGAGGACCUGGCGGCGCUCAAGCAGAGGUUGGAGGAGGAGACGCGCAAGCGGGAGGACGCGGAGCACAAUCUGGUGCUCUUCCGCAAGGACGUGGACGACGCCACCCUGUCCCGCCUGGAGCUAGAGCGCAAGAUUGAGUCUCUGAUGGAUGAGAUCGAGUUCCUCAAGAAGCUGCACGAGGAGGAGCUGCGAGACCUGCAGGUGAGCGUGGAGAGCCAGCAGGUGCAGCAGGUCGAGGUGGAGGCGACCGUGAAGCCCGAGCUGACGGCGGCGCUGAGGGACAUCCGAGCGCAGUACGAGAGCAUCGCAGCGAAGAACCUGCAGGAGGCAGAGGAGUGGUACAAGUCCAAGUACGCGGACCUGUCCGACGCCGCCAACCGAAACCACGAGGCCCUGCGCCAGGCCAAGCAGGAGAUGAACGAGUCCCGACGCCAGAUCCAGAGCCUGACGUGCGAGGUGGACGGGCUGCGCGGCACCAACGAGGCGCUGCUCAGACAGCUGCGGGAGCUGGAGGAGCAGUUUGCCCUGGAGGCGGGCGGGUACCAGGCGGGCGCCGCGCGCCUCGAGGAGGAGCUGCGGCAGCUAAAGGAGGAGAUGGCGCGGCACCUGCGCGAGUACCAGGAGCUCCUCAACGUCAAGAUGGCCCUGGACAUCGAGAUCGCCACCUACCGGAAGCUGCUGGAGGGCGAGGAGAGCCGGAUCUCCGUGCCAGUCCAUUCCUUUGCAUCCUUAAGUAUAAAAACGACUGUGCCUGAGGUGGAGCCUCCCCAGGACAGCCACAGCCGGAAGAUGGUUCUGAUCAAGACCAUUGAGACCCAGAAUGGGGAGCAGGUGGUGACAGAGUCCCAGAAGGAGCAGCGCAGUGAGCUGGACAAGUCUUCUACCCACAGCUACUGAACCCGUUGGCCCAGAGCUCCCUGACCCUGCCCCAGGCCUACUCUAAGCCCUAACCCUAACACCAGUCCUGAAUUAGUCUCCUCUCCCUCUGCAUGUGUCUUGGGGAUGGCACCAGUCACCCCUUCCCUGGCCCGUGGCCAAGCCCUACCCAGCAGCUAUAGCUGGGCCUCUCCCUGCCCUGACACAUAGACAUGACUCAUAUGUUCCCCUUUUCUCGUCCUGGUAAGAGGCCACUGAUCCCUAGGACUAGUCUACUCUUGACGUGACCCCAUGAUCGUGAGUGGGCCAGGGUCUGAAUUUCACUUUUGAAUCAAAUAAAACUGCUGUCAGGAGAA